ACCAGUGCUACCAGAAGGGGUGGAGCCUGGCUGUGCCUCUCAUAGAUCCCAUUUAAGGGCUGACUGCCCUUAAAGAAGGAUUUCUCUCUGGAGAUUGCUCUUUGUGGGGUUUACUGUGAGCCUACGACACUGAACUCUUUCCUUAAGGAAUUCUGGUUGCUUAUUUUCAUGAUUUUGAGCCUAUUCAGCCAGAGAUGGAGCAGAUGGAUUGCAAACCCUACCAGCCACUGUCAAAAGUGAAACAUGAAGUGGAUCUAACUUACACAAGUUCUUCAGAUGAAAGUGAAGAUGGCAGAAAGCAAAGGCAGUCUUAUGACUCAAGAGAAACACUCAACGAAUAUAGUCAAGAGCUAAGACUGAACUACAACAGUCAAAGAAAAAAGAAAAAUAUUGACCAACCCACACAAGACAUGGAAUUCUGUGAGACACCCCAUAUUCUGUGCUCUGGCUACCAAACAGAUUUACAUGGUGUAUCAGAGCACAGCUACCCACUGGAGGUGGGCUCAGAUGUGGAUACUGAAACCGAAGGUGGAGCAUCACCAGAUCAUGCCCUGAGGAUGUGGAUGAGGGGGAUGAAGUCAGAACACAGCUCCUGUCUGUCAAGCCGGGCCAACUCAGCAUUGUCCCUGACUGACACUGACCAUGAGAGGAAGUCUGAUGGGGAGAAUGACAUGCCGGGGAGCCCACACAACCAGUUCACAUUCAGGCCUCUCCCACCACCACCUCCACCACCACACGCGUGCACCUGCACCAGGAAACCGCCGCCGGCGGCCGACUCUCUCCAGAGGAGAUCGAUGACGACCCGCAGCCAGCCCAGCCCUGCUGCCCCAACGCCCCCCACCAGCACACAGGAUUCUGUGCAUCUCCAUAACAGCUGGGUCUUGAACAGCAACAUACCGCUGGAAACCAGGCAUUUCCUAUUUAAACAUGGAUCGGGGUCUUCAGCAAUCUUCAGUGCAGCCAGUCAGAACUAUCCUUUAACAUCCAAUACUGUUUACUCUCCACCUCCUAGGCCUCUUCCUAGAAAUACCUUUUCUAGACCUGCCUUCACUUUUAGCAAACCUUACAGGUGUUGCAACUGGAAGUGCACUGCUCUGAGUGCCACUGCCAUUACAGUUACGCUGGCGUUGUUGCUGGCCUAUGUUAUUGCAGUACACUUGUUCGGUUUAACUUGGCAGCUACAGCCUGUUGAAGGGCAGCUGUAUGAAAAUGGAGUUAGCAAAGGAAAUAAGGGAGCAGAAUCCACAGAUACUACUUACUCACCGAUCGGAGGAAAAGUUUCUGAUAAAACAGAAAAAAAAGUGUUUCAGAAGGGACGGGCCAUAGACACAGGAGAAGUUGAGAUUGGAGCACAAGUUAUGCAAACAAUCCCGCCCGGCUUAUUCUGGCGCUUUCAGAUCACCAUCCAUCACCCCGUGUACCUGAAAUUUAACAUUUCACUGGCAAAGGAUUCUCUGCUAGGAAUUUAUGGCAGAAGAAACAUUCCACCUACUCACACUCAGUUUGAUUUUGUAAAAUUGAUGGAUGGAAAGCAGUUAAUUAAGCAGGAACCAAAAAACUCAGAGGAGCCUCAGCAAGCUCCCAGGAAUCUGAUCUUAACUUCACUAAAAGAGACAGGCUUCAUUGAAUACAUGGAUCAAGGCGCUUGGCAUAUGGCAUUUUACAAUGAUGGAAAGAAAGUGGAGCAAGUGUUUGUGCUGACCACGGCAAUCGAAGUCCUGGAUGACUGCUCUACUAAUUGCAAUGGGAAUGGAGAAUGUAUCUCGGGGCACUGCCACUGUUUCCCAGGAUUCCUUGGUCCUGAUUGUGCAAAAGAUUCCUGCCCGGUGCUCUGUAGUGGAAAUGGAGAAUAUGAGAAAGGUCACUGUGUGUGUCGAAACGGGUGGAAAGGACCAGAGUGUGAUGUUCCUGAAGAACAGUGUAUCGACCCGACCUGCUUUGGCCACGGCACCUGUAUCAUGGGAGUCUGCAUCUGCAUCCCUGGAUACAAAGGAGAGAUCUGUGAGGAAGAGGACUGCCUGGAUCCCAUGUGCUCCGGUCACGGCGUGUGCGUUCAAGGGGAGUGCCACUGCUCCGCCGGCUGGGGCGGCGUGAACUGCGAGACAUCACUGCCCAUCUGCCAGGAGCAGUGCUCAGGGCACGGGACCUUCCUCCUGGAUGUGGGGCUCUGCAGCUGUGAGCCACAGUGGACGGGUUCUGACUGCUCUACAGAGCUGUGUACCCUGGACUGCGGCAGCCACGGUGUGUGUUCGAGAGGAAUCUGCCAAUGUGAGGAGGGCUGGGUGGGACCCACCUGUGAGGAGCGCACCUGCCAUUCCCACUGCGCUGAGCACGGGCAGUGCAAAGAUGGGAAGUGUGAGUGCAGCCCCGGAUGGGAAGGGGACCACUGCACCAUUGCUCACUACUUAGAUGCGGUUCGAGAUGGCUGCCCAGGUCUCUGUUAUGGAAAUGGCAGGUGUACUCUUGACCAGAACGGGUGGCACUGUGUUUGUCAAGUGGGCUGGAGCGGCUCAGGAUGUAACGUUGUCAUGGAAAUGGUGUGUGGGGAUAACCUGGACAAUGAUGGAGAUGGCUUGACAGACUGCGUAGACCCCGACUGCUGUCAGCAAAACAACUGCUAUGUGAGUCCUCUCUGCCAGGGUUCGCCUGAUCCCCUUGACCUUAUCCAACACAGCCAACCGCCUUUCUCUCAGCAUCCUCCAAGGCUCUUUUAUGAUCGAAUCAGAUUUCUUAUUGGGAAGGAAAGCACUCACGUGAUCCCAGGAGAUAUCUCAUUUGAGAGCAGACGUGCAUGUGUCAUUCGUGGCCAGGUGGUAGCAAUAGAUGGAACACCUUUGGUUGGUGUGAAUGUCAGCUUUCUACACCACAAUGAGUAUGGAUAUACCAUCAGUCGACAAGAUGGAAGUUUUGACCUUGUGGCUGUGGGAGGCAUCUCCGUCACCCUGGUUUUUGACAGAUCUCCUUUCAUAUCUGAAAAAAGGACACUUUGGUUGCCUUGGAAUAGAUUUGUCAUUGUAGACAAAGUUGUAAUGCAAAGAGCAGAGUCAGAUAUACCAUCUUGUGACAUCAGUAGUUUCAUCAGUCCAAAUCCUAUUGUACUCCCUUCACCCCUGACAGCAUUUGGAGGCUCCUGUCCAGAAAGAGGAACUGUUAUUCCAGAGCUACAGGUGGUCCAGGAGGAGAUCCCAAUUCCUUCGAGUUUUGUGAAGCUGAGUUAUCUCAGCAGUCGAACGCCGGGGUAUAAAACUUUGCUGCGCGUUAUUCUGACGCACACAGCCAUCCCUUCUGGAAUGACAAAAGUACAUCUGAUCAUUGCUGUUGAGGGACGCCUGCUUCAGAAAUGGUUUCCUGCUGCAGCCAAUUUGGUCUACACAUUUGCCUGGAAUAAGACAGAUAUAUAUGGACAGAAGGUUUCUGGUCUGGCAGAAGCUAUGGUGUCAGUGGGAUAUGAAUAUGAGACAUGUCCUGAUUUUAUUCUGUGGGAGAAAAGAACAGUAAUUCUUCAAGGCUUUGAAGUGGAUGCUUCAAAUCUGGGAGGCUGGUCCAUAAACAAACACCACGUAUUAAAUCCGCAAAGUGGAAUUGUACACAAAGGAAAUGGUGAAAACAUGUUCAUUUCCCAGCAGCCACCGGUCAUCUCCACUGUGAUGGGCAAUGGACACCAGAGGAGUGUCUCCUGCUCCAACUGCAAUGGUCUUGCACUCAACAGCAAACUCUUUGCCCCAGUUGCUCUGACUUCUGGGCCUGAUGGGAGUGUGUAUAUUGGAGACUUCAAUUUUGUCAGACGGAUCUUUCCCUCUGGAAACUCUAUUGGCAUAUUAGAGUUGAGGAAUAGAGACACAAGGCACAGUACAAGUCCCGCACAUAAAUAUUACUUGGCUGUUGACCCAGUGUCAGAAUCCCUUUACUUGUCAGAUACCAAUACCAGAAGAGUUUACAAAGCAAAAUCACUCACUGAAACAAAGGACCUGGCCAAAAACGUGGACGUGGUGGCAGGAACAGGUGAUCAGUGCCUCCCAUUUGACCAGAGUCACUGUGGAGAUGGUGGGAAGGCAUCAGAGGCAUCUCUCAACAGCCCAAGAGGUAUCACUAUAGAUAAGCAUGGAUUUAUUUAUUUCGUUGACGGUACCAUGAUUCGGAAAAUUGAUGAGAAUGGCGUGAUCACCACAAUAAUAGGUUCCAACGGCCUCACAUCAACCCAGCCAUUGAGCUGUGACUCUGGAAUGGACAUCACUCAGGUGCGGUUAGAGUGGCCAACAGACCUGACAGUGAACCCGCUGGACAACUCGCUGUACGUCCUGGACAACAACAUUGUCCUGCAGAUCUCUGAGAGCAGACGUGUGCGCAUCAUCGCAGGACGCCCCAUUCACUGCCAGGUGCCCGGCAUCGACCACUUCAUCGUCAGCAAGGUGGCCAUCCACUCCACCCUGGAGUCGGCCCGGGCCAUCGCAGUGUCCCACAGCGGGAUACUCUACAUUGCUGAGACUGAUGAAAGAAAGAUCAACCGCAUACAACAGGUCACAACCAACGGCGAGAUCUCCGUAAUCGCCGGAGCCCCGUCAGAUUGUGACUGCAAGAUUGAUCCUAACUGUGACUGUUUCUCAGGUGAUGGUGGAUAUGCCAAAGAUGCAAAGCUGAAAGCACCUUCCUCCCUAGCAGUCUCUCCUGAUGACACGCUGUACGUAGCAGACCUUGGCAACGUUCGCAUCCGCGCCAUCAGCCGAAACAAGGCUCACCUCAGUGACACGAACAUGUACGAGAUUGCGUCACCGGCAGACCAAGAGCUGUAUCAGUUCACCAUCAAUGGCACCCACCUGCACACCCUGAACCUCAUCACGAGGGACUAUAUUUACAACUUCACCUACAGCGGAGAAGGGGAUGUUGUCACCAUUACCAGCAGCAAUGGGAAUUCGGUGCACAUCCGCAGAGACACGAGCGGCUUGCCCCUGUGGGUCGUGGUGCCGGGCGGCCAGGUAUACUGGCUGACAAUAAGCAGCAAUGGUGUUCUGAAAAGGGUUUAUGCCCAAGGCUACAACCUGGCUCUGAUGACAUAUCCCGGAAACACAGGACUUCUAGCAACCAAAAGUGAUGAAAAUGGAUGGACAACUGUGUAUGAGUACGACUCUGAUGGCCACCUGACCAAUGCCACAUUCCCAACUGGGGAAGUCAGCAGUUUCCACAGUGAUGUUGAAAAACUGACGAGAGUGGAACUUGAUACUUCAAACCGGGAGAACGUGGUCACAGCUACAAACUUCUCAGCUACUUCUACAAUAUAUACUUUAAAACAAGAUAACACACAGAAUAUCUACCGGGUCAGCCCAGAUGGAUCUCUGAGAGUCACCUUUGCCAGUGGAAUGGAAAUCACGCUUAACACAGAGCCUCAUAUUCUAGCAGGAGUAGUCAGUCCCACUUUAGGGAAGUGCAAUAUCUCCCUUCCUGGAGAGCAUAACUCAAAUCUCAUUGAAUGGAGGCAAAGGAGGGAGCAGACCAAAGGCAAUAUCUCCACAUUUGAGAGAAGGCUAAGGGCCCACAAUAGAAAUCUGCUCUCCAUUGAUUUUGACCAUGUCACCAGAACUGGAAAGAUCUAUGAUGAUCAUCGAAAAUUCACUCUUCGGAUUAUGUAUGACCAGACAGGGCGGCCAGUUCUGUGGUCACCCAUCAGCAAAUACAAUGAGGUCAACAUCACUUAUUCCCACUCUGGAUUAGUGACCUAUAUCCAAAGAGGAACCUGGACUGAGAAAAUGGAGUAUGAUCCAAGUGGAAACAUCAUUUCCAGAACAUGGGCAGAUGGCAAAAUAUGGAGUUACACAUACUUAGAAAAGUCUGUGAUGCUCCUGUUGCACAGCCAGCGCCGCUACAUCUUUGAAUAUGACCAGUCAGACUACCUGCUGUCGGUCACCAUGCCCAGCAUGGUACGCCAUGCCUUGCAGACCAUGCUCUCUGUUGGGUACUAUCGCAACAUCUACACCCCGCCGGACAGUGGCGCGGCUUUCAUACAGGACGUCACCAGAGAUGGACGGCUUCUGCAAACCUUGUAUCCCGGGACGGGACGCAGAGUCCUCUAUAAGUACUCCAAACAGUCUCGACUUUCUGAGAUUCUGUAUGACACUACUCAAGUCACAUUUACCUACGAGGAAUCUUCUGGCGUUAUUAAAACCAUACACUUAAUGCAUGAUGGCUUCAUCUGCACCAUCAGAUACAGGCAAACAGGUCCGCUUAUCGGUCGCCAGAUCUUCAGGUUUAGUGAAGAGGGGCUCGUCAAUGCCAGGUUUGACUACAGUUACAACAAUUUCCGUGUCACGAGUAUGCAGGCCAUGAUAAACGAGACGCCUCUGCCCAUUGAUCUGUACCGUUACGUUGAUGUCUCUGGCAGGACUGAACAAUUUGGGAAAUUCAGUGUAAUUAAUUAUGAUUUAAAUCAAGUUAUAACCACCACUGUGAUGAAACAUACCAAAAUUUUUAGUGCCAACGGCCAGGUGAUUGAAGUUCAGUAUGAAAUUCUCAAGUCAAUUGCUUACUGGAUGACCAUCCAGUAUGAUAAUAUGGGCCGUAUGGUGAUCUGUGACAUACGUGUUGGUGUAGAUGCCAAUAUCACACGGUAUUUUUAUGAGUAUGAUGCUGAUGGUCAGCUUCAGACUGUGUCUGUGAAUGAUAAAACCCAGUGGCGCUACAGCUACGACCUUAAUGGCAACAUCAACUUGCUGAGCCAUGGAAACAGUGCACGCCUCACUCCUCUGAGAUACGACCUUAGAGAUCGCAUUACCAGACUUGGAGAAAUUCAAUAUAAAAUGGAUGAAGAUGGUUUCCUCAGGCAAAGAGGCAAUGAGAUCUUUGAGUACAACUCUAAUGGUCUGCUGAACAAAGCAUACAACAAAGUGUCUGGCUGGACUGUUCAAUACUGUUAUGAUGGUCUUGGAAGACGAGUUGCAAGCAAAUCAAGCCUGGGACAACACCUGCAGUUCUUUUAUGCUGAUCUCUCCAACCCAAUACGAGUUACUCACUUGUACAAUCAUAGCAGCUCAGAAAUAACAUCUCUGUAUUAUGAUCUUCAAGGUCAUCUCAUUGCAAUGGAAUUAAGCAGUGGAGAAGAAUAUUAUGUUGCUUGUGAUAACACUGGAACACCUCUAGCUGUAUUUAGCAGUCGGGGCCAAGUCAUAAAAGAAAUUUUGUACACUCCAUAUGGAGAGAUCUACCAGGACACUAAUCCAGAUUUCCAGGUUGUCAUUGGUUUUCAUGGAGGGCUCUAUGAUUCUCUCACCAAAUUGGUUCAUCUGGGUCAGCGGGAUUACGAUGUUAUUGCUGGUCGGUGGACAACACCAAACCAUCACAUAUGGAAACACCUGAAUGCUGUCCCACAACCAUUCAAUCUCUACUCAUUUGAAAACAACUACCCAGUUGGCAGGAUCCAAGAUGUUGCUAAGUAUACAACAGACAUUGGAAGUUGGCUAGAGCUAUUUGGUUUUCAGUUGCACAAUGUACUGCCUGGGUUUCCAAAACCAGAGAUCGAAGCUUUGGAGACAACAUAUGAACUUCUACAGCUUCAAACAAAAACCCAGGAGUGGGAUCCUGGAAAGACUAUCCUUGGUAUUCAGUGCGAGCUACAGAAGCAACUCCGAAACUUUAUAUCCUUGGAUCAACUUCCUAUGACCCCCAGGUAUAGUGAUGGCAAGUGCUAUGAGGGAGUGAAGCAACCGAGGUUUGCAGCUAUUCCUUCAGUGUUUGGAAAAGGCAUCAAAUUUGCUAUCAAGGAUGGCAUCGUCACAGCGGACAUUAUUGGUGUGGCUAACGAGGACAGCCGGCGCAUCGCUGCCAUACUCAACAACGCUCACUAUCUGGAGAACCUGCACUUCACCAUAGAGGGCCGGGACACACAUUACUUCAUCAAGCUGGGGUCUCUUGAAGAAGAUUUGGCCCUAAUUGGCAACACUGGAGGACGACGCAUCCUGGAGAAUGGCGUGAAUGUCACAGUGUCACAAAUGACUUCCGUGAUCAACGGGAGGACUAGACGCUUCGCUGACAUACAGCUGCAGCACGGCGCACUGUGCUUUAACGUUCGCUAUGGAACGACCGUGGAAGAGGAAAAGAACCAUGUCCUAGAGGUAGCCAGGCAGAGAGCUGUGGCUCAGGCCUGGACUAAGGAGCAGAGACGGCUGCAGGAAGGGGAAGAGGGGAUUAGGGCAUGGACAGAUGGAGAGAAACAGCAGCUUCUAAACACUGGGCGGGUACAAGGUUACGAUGGAUAUUUUGUUUUGUCAGUGGAGCAGUAUCUCGAACUUUCUGACAGUGCCAAUAAUAUUCACUUUAUGAGACAGAGUGAAAUAGGCAGAAGGUAACAAAGAAAAUCUCUGCCUUUGCGUCACCAAAGACUGCCUGUUUUUAAACGUAAAAUGGUUUAUUGUAUUGGUUUUUCUAGAUCAGAACUCUGUAUAUAUAAAUAUAGAGGAAAAAACAUAUCCAACUGCCUUUAAAUGUGACAGAAGAUGGUAUUUUAAUAUUGUUCGUUUAACUCUUCGAGAGAUUACAGUGAAGAUUUUUAGUUCUUGUGUGGCAGUAUUCAAACCUUUCAGAAGCAGAGCGCGCAGGGCAGGUGUGAGCGCAGCAUGCUCUGUCUUCUUCUAAAGAAACACUACUUCUUUUUUUUUGUUGGUAGUGGUUUAAUAAUUCACCAGUUAUUUAAGAGGUUACAGAGCCUGAUUCUGCAACCUAUACUUACUGGGUAGUUUUAUCCCAUUGAGAUCUCCCAUAGGUUCAAGGGAUUGCAUUCAAAAACCAGACUGUGUAUGGAAACUUUGUAGUUGCUCACCAACCCUGCACAUGUCAUUUGUCACAACUGUGAUCUAUGGGAUUUUCUAACCCAACUUUUAUUAGAUACAGUACGUAAGUACUUUUAUUGGAUGCAGCACUUAAAGGCUGCCCCACGUGAGCUUUGUCUUUGCCGGGCCAUAGCUGCCUCUCUCUCACUCGGUGAGGAGCACCGCAUUGUGUCUGCAUCUGCGUUCAGGGGCCUCUUCCCCAAGAUUUCCCUGGCACUGGCUGUGGAUCCCAGCAGCACACGUGGAGCUGCAGAUCUUGCAGGGGGUGAGGGCUUGCCCUGCACGACUGGGACUCAGCCAGGUUCCAGGAUGGGCCAGAACAGCACAUGGUGAGCAACGAGUCAGCACGAGCCUCCCACCAACAUCAGCAGGCUCCAGAAUGGGCUUUAGCUCAGUGCUUUUGGGACAACCUUCGCUAUUCAGCCAGGAGGGUCCGCGCGGUGCAGCAAUGAGCAGCCGCACGGGAUCAGUCCUGCCUGUAGUCCUUGGGCCAGGACCUUCUUUUCACAGAUCAUUUGGAAAUUGUGGUGGUGUUGGGUUUAGGCAUCAUGUUAUUUUCAUCUCAAAUGGAUAAUCCCACUGUAUUGAUCAUUAUUCCAAGUGUGAAGAAGAUUGGUGGGUUGGGAGUUGAUGAACCUAAGUGUGGAUAGUACAUAUGUUGAUAAACGUAGAACAUUUCGGGGAUGACUCUUCACUUUUCAGCUCAAUAUCUAGAGCACAUAGAAAAGCAUUAUAUUGCAUGGGCAGAAACUUUUAUUUCCCAAGGUAUCAUGCGCUGCUGGCACAGUUCUCUCAUAGCAGAGUAGGAGAUCCUUCUUUUCACUUGUCAUUUUAACAGACCUGAUUAUCAUGGGCAGGGGGAGGGUGCCUGGGAGAGAGGCUGGGUAAGCACAUUUCCUUUGCUGACUUUCCAAAAGAGCUAGAAGUCUUGUUAUAGAACCUGUGUAUCUGUAACAGUGAUGUUAUUGCACAUUUCUUUCAAAACAGAUAUAGUGAAUAUAUUGAAGCAAUUUCUGCUCACAUUUCCCGAAGCUAACAAAGUGCUUUCUUUGUCUUUCUUCCCUUUCAAAUUUUCAUUUUUUCAUCUUGUUUUUGGGCAGGUGGAGCAGAUUGUACCAAAGUUAGGGAUGAGCCUGAACUGGAACCUGAGACCUAGACCCUCUGGGUCUCAGCCUCACACAGACUCCCUCUACUCCUUCUGCAGCCAGAGCAGCUCUGGGGGUGCAGAGUCUGGCUCGGAGGUUCGGGGUCAGGUUGAGUAGAUGCUGUCCCAUUGACCACCCUCCAUCCCAGCCAGGGGGACCCGUGGAUCAAAACACAUUUUGCUCAGGCUCAUCAUUAACUGUUGUACAGGAUUUGGAGCUGCCAAGAGCAGUUCCGUUUGACACAAUUUUCCAUAAAAUCAUGGAGAAUUUGAAUACCUCCACACCAGCCUAAAAAUGGAUCUUUGAAUCCUUGAGCCUCUAAUAUGCUUUUAAUCAAUGGAAAAAUAAUUUAUGAAUUGUAUAUAGAGAGUGCAUUCAUAAACGUGAUGAUGUAUUUUAUCACUGAUCCAAGAUGUCAAAUAUUAGAGUCUAUUUUACUUAUAUUUUAAGCAAUUAUACUUUUUUGCAAUUCAAUAAUGACGUAUCAUUUUCAAACUGCUUUAAAUAUCCAUUAUAAACAAAUUUUUGAAGCUAUUAGAUUUACCUUGAACUGUGCAUUUCUAGUAUGUAAUACCUAUUUAGUUAGCUUGUGCCUUUAGUUUCUUAAAGUUAUAUUUGUAUUAUAUGCAGGAAAUGCACUUUGUAUUACCUACAGCUGUGUUUUUUAAUACUGCCUUGAUUACUGUUGUUCUCAGAUUAUGCCAAAAGGUCAAAAAGAGUGGGAAGUGUUACAAGUUUGACAAGUUUGUCUCUAAGAGUAGGUUUGGCAUUUUCCCAGUUCCUGGGUGGACAGUCUAAGGUAUCUUUCUGAAUAGUAUUUCUUACAAGAAUCUGGAUGAAUGAAGAAUCUGGUGAUAUUACUUGGCCCUGUUAGAACAGGAAAAAAUGCCUCUAUCAAAACAGUUUCAGAAAUUCAGGAAACUGAAAAGAAGCGUCGUGUUGAGUCGGCAGUGCUAAAGAGCAUUCAUUAAUGAAUGAGCACUGGGGGCUGAAGUCGUAGCACCACACGGGCCAGCAGUGAUUUGUGAGAACUGCAGCUACAGCAAACAGCUGUGGGCCACUGUGUCCAUGAACAACCUCAGAUGGAGGCAGGGAACAGUUCAGUCUCCAUUUUCUUCUUCUAGUAGCUAGAAUAAUUUCUGAGCAU